UCUCGCUGGACAGUAUGGCGAUAGCUAGAGUUACUGCGCCUUUACAAUCCGGCUUUUUGUUGUGAAUUAACCGAGUGUUUGGUCUCGGAAGUUAACUAAUUGCGCUCCUUCUGGGAAGAGAGUUGUCGUUAGCCUCCAGCCUCACGGGUCCUUAAUAUUUGCUCUAUUUAUCCUCAAGGAGCCUCUGAUUUGCUGACAAAUUCGAUAUCUAAAAAAUGGCGCCGUUCAAGCUGCGAUUUUCAAAAAUGGGCAAAUCCCGAAGCAAAGGAAGCCGAAGCGACAGCAGUGAGUACGAAGACGUGGGAUCAAGCUUAGAUUUCGGAGGAGCGAGCAACCCGGGUACUCCCGGAACAGAAUUCAACGUGAUGUCGCUCCCAAACGAGCCGCAAACCCCCCUGACAAAUUCCCCGCCUCCCUCUUACGAGCACGUGCUGCAAGAGACACAGUUGAGACGCACGCCGAGCGAAGUUGAAGAGGGUGAAGAGGAGUUCGCUGAGGCUGAAAACGACGGCAACGUGACUGUAACGGAGAGCGUGGUGCUGAGCAGCAAGGGCAGAAUGCUGACAUCCGGAGUAAGCAGGGUGAGCGGCGAGGGUGAAGCCAGUUUGGUCGGCAACAAGAUCAUCGUCAAGGGCCCCGAGAUACUCCACAAGUCCAGCAAGGAGCUCUAUCGCGCCAUCGCCAAGCAGUGCGGAAUCACCUGCAAGAUGAGCGAUCAAUGUCGGUGCUUAGACUGCCAGAGCCACUACUUUGAUUGCGAGUACGACAAAGACGAGCUGGAAAAGACUGACGGCGGACUAGGAGCUGGUACUCCGAUGUUCAUCGCCGAAGUCAUGCACGGAACAGCUUGUGUUCUCCUCUAAGAAUGAACGGACUGAGAGGGUCAUGCCUCGGUGGAACCAAGGAUGAGAGGAUCAGUGAAGUAUUAGGCUGUAAUAUAUGUGCAAUUAUACACAUAUAUAUCUUUACUUUAAUCAUUAAUUAAAUACGGGUUCGGUUUUAUGUCCCGAAUUAUUUGAUAAAUAAUCAUUAAAUAAUACUAUUAUAUCAUCAAGUAAUCAAAGUAUUUAAUUAUAAUUAUCAAAAAUUUUCAUCCCCAAUUAUUUGACAUUAUUCUUAAUGGUCAAGACUGAUUUAAUUAAUUGUUUUAUAAAUUUUGUAACUUUUUUUUAUUCAUAAUAAG